CCGCAUAUCACUCAUAUUCCUCUGUCUCCAUCAGCUCAGCUCCAUUCUGCCAGGGGAUAUUGAGCCACAGCACUACUGCAGGGUCGGUAUCAGCCAUGGCCAAGCUUCUCGCAGCCAUCCAAGGGAUCAUUGAUGUCUUCAUCAGCCACAGUGGCCAGAGCUCCCCCUGCAACACACUGAGCCCUGAGGAGUUCAAGGACCUGAUCCAGAAAGAGUUUGUAGAGAUUAUUAAGACUGCCAAUGACCCCAAAACAAUUGAGACAAUUCUACAAUCCUUAGACACCAAAACUCAGAAGAAUGUGGAUUUUAAAGAGUAUGUGGACAUUCUUGAAAAUGUAAUAAUUGCCUAUUUUGGUGCUUUGAAAUUCAAUAAAGAUCAGUCUCCAUGCGUCAAAACAAAACCAGCUCCACGACCCAAAGAGGAGCCUCACAAUGAAGAUGACCAACCAAAGAAAACAGACCCUAAAAUGGAACCAGCUCCACCAUUCAAAGUCGAUCCUCCCCAUAAAGACGACAAAGCACAGAAAACAGACCCCAAAAUGAAACCAGCUCCAUCAGUCAAAGAGGAACCUCGCCAUACAGGUGAUCAACCCCAGAAAGAUGAACCUCACCAUAAGGAUAAACAAGCAGAGAAAACAGACUCUAAAAAAAAACCAGCUCUUCCACCAAAAGAGGAGUGUCACCAUAAAGACAACCAACCAAAGAAAACAGACCCCAAAACAAAACCAGCUCCACCAGUCACAGAGGAGCCUCCCCAUAAAGAUGACAAACCACAGAAAUCAGAAACCAAAACAAAACCAGCCCCACCACCCAAAGAGGAGCCUCCCCUUAAAGAUGAGCAACCCCAGAAAACAGACACCAAUACAAAACCCACUCCCCGAGUCAAAGUCAAUCCUCCCCAUAAAGAUGACCAGGCACAGAAAACAGACCCCGAAAUGAAACCGACUGCACCAGAGGAACCCCCCCAUAAAGAUGACCAAAAACAGAAAACAGAUCCUAAAACAAUACCAGCUCAAACACCAAAAGACAAGCGUCACCACAAGGAUAAACAAGCAGAGAAUAAAGACCAAAAACCAACUCCACCACCCAAAGAGGAGCCUCCCCUUAAAGAUGAGCAACCCCAGAAAACAGACACCAAUACAAAACCCACUCCCCGAGUCAAAGUCAAUCCUCCCCAUAAAGAUGACAAACCACAGAAAUCAGACUCCAAAACAAAACCAGCUUCACCAGUCAAAGUCAAUCCUCCCCAUAAAGAUGACCAACCCCAGAAAACAGACUCCAAAGGAAAAACUGUUUCACCAGUCAAAGUCGAUCCUCAACAUAAAGAUGACCAGGCACAGAAAACAGACACUAAAAUGAAACCAGCUCAACCAGCCAAAGAGGAUCCCCCCCAUAAAGUUGACCAACAGAAAACAGACCCUAAAACAAAACCAGCUCCACCAGCCAAAGAGGAACCUCCCCAUAAAGAUGAAACACCACAGAAAGCAGACUCCAAAGCAAAACCAGCUUCACCAGUCAAAGAGGAACCUCCCCAUAAAGAUGACCAACCCCAGAAAACAGACUCCAAAGGAAAACCUGUUCCACCAUUCAAAGUCGAUUCUCCCCAUAAAGAUGACCAACCCCAGAAAACAGACUCCAAAGCAAAACCUGUUCCACCAGGCAAACUCGAACAUCCACAUAAAGAUGACCAGGCACAGAAAACAGACCCCAAAAAGAAACCCACUCCACCUCCCCAUAAAGAUGACCAUCCACAGAAAACAGACCCUAAAACAAAACCAGCUCCGCCAGUCAAAGAAGAACCUCCCAAUGAAGAUGACCAAGUACAAAAAUCAGAAACAAAAACAACACCAGCUCCACCACCCAAAGAGGAGCCUCCCCAAAAAGAUGACCAACCCCAGAAAACAGACCCCAAAAUAAAACCGGCUCAACCAGUCAAAGUUGAUCAUCCACAUAAAGAUGACCAGGCACAGAAAACAGACCCCAAAAUGAAACCGGCUCUACCACCCAAAGAGGAUCCCCCCCAUAAAGAUGAACAACCACAGAAAACAGACCCUAAAACAAAACCAGCUACUCCAGCCAAAGAGGAGCCUACCCAUGACCAAGUACAGAAAUCAGACACAAAAACAAAACCAGCUCCACCACUCAAAGAGGAGCCUCCCCAAAAAGAUGACCAACCCCAGAAAACAGACCCCAAAAUGAAACCGGCUCAACCAGUCAAAGUUGAUCAUCCACAUAAAGAUGACCAGGCACAGAAAACAGACCCCAAAAUGAAACCGGCUCCACCACCCAAAGAGGAUCCCCCCCAUAAAGAUGACCAACCACAGAAAACAGACCCUAAAACAAAACCAGCUCUGCCAGUCAAAGAGGAACCUCCCCAUAAAGAUGACCAAGUACAGAAAUCAGAGUGCAAAACAAAACCCGCUCCACCAGUCAAAGUCAAUCCUCCACAUAAAGAUGACCAUCCACAGAAAACAGACCCUAAAACAAAACCAGCUCCGCCAAUCAAAGAAGUACCUCCCCAUAAAGAUGACCAAGUACAGAAACCAGACACAAAAACAAAACCAGCUCCACCACACAAAGAGGAGCCUCCCCAUAAAGAUGACCAACCUCAGAAAACAGACUCCAAAGUGAAACCUGUUCCAUCAUUCAAAGUCGAUCCUCCCCAUAAAGAUGACCAAUCACAGAAAUCAGACACAAAAACAAAACCAGCUUCACCACACAAAGAGGAGCCUCCCCAUAAAGAUGACCAGCCCCAGAAAACAGACUCCAAAGCAAAACCUGUUCCACCAGUCAAAGUAAAUCCUCCACAUAAAGAUGACCAGGCACAGAAAACAGACCCCAAAAUGAAACCGGCUCCACCGGCAAAAGAGAAGACUCCCCAUAAAGAUGACCAAGUACAGAAAUCAGACACAAAAAUGACACCAGCUCCACCACACAAAGAGGAGCCUCCCCAUAAAGAUGACCAACCUCAGAAAACAGACUCCAAAGCAAAACCUGUUCCUCCAGGCAAAGUCGAUCCUCCACAUAAAGAAGACCAGGCACAGAAAACAGACCCCAAAAAGAAACCAACUCCACCUCCCAAAGAGGAACCUUCCCAUAAAGAUGACCAUCCACAGAAAACAGACCCUAAGUCAAAACCAGCUCCGCCAGUCAAAGUUGAUCCUCCACAUAAAGAUGAACAACCACAGAAAACAGACCCUAAAACAAAACCAGCUCAACCAGCCAAAGUGGACCUCCCCCAAAAAGAUGAUCAACCACAGAAAGCAGAUCCUAAAACAAAACCAGCUCCACCAGUCAAAGAGGAGUCUCCCCGUAAAGAUGACCAACCACAAAAAUCAGACUCCAAAACAAAACCAGCACAACCAAAAACAGAGAAACCACCACAUAAAGAUGACCAACCACAGAAAACAGACCCUAAAACAAAACCAGCUCUGCCAGUCAAAGAGGUACCUCCCCAUAAAGAUGACCAAGUACAGAAAUCAGACACAAAAACGACACCAGCUCCACCACACAAAGAGGAGCCUCCCUAUAACGAUGACCAUCCACAGAAAACUGAUUCCAAAGAGAAACCUGUUACACCAGUCAAAGUCAAUCCUUCACAUAAAGAUGACCAGUCACAGAAAACAGACCCCAAAAUGAAACCGGCUCCAUCAGCCAAAGAGGAUCCCCCCAAUAAAGCUGACCAACCCCAGAAAACAGACUCCACAACAAAACCCGCUCCACCAGUCAAAGUCAAUCCUCCACAUAAAGAUGACCAGGCACAGAAAACAGACCCCAAAAUGAAACCAGCUCCAUCAGCCAAAGAGGAUCCCCCUCAUAAAGAUGACCAGCCACAGAAAACAGACCCUAAAACAAAACCAGCUCCGCCAGUCAAAGAGGGUCCUCCCCACAAAGAUGACCAAGUACAGAAAUCAGACACAAAAACGACACCAGCUCCACCACACAAAGAGGAGCCUCCCCAUAACGAUGACCAACCACAGAAAUCUGAUUCCAAAGUGAAACCUGUUCAACCAGUCAAAGUCGAUCCUCCAUAUAAAGAUGACCAACCACAGAAAACAGACCCUAAAACAAAACCAGCUGUGCCAGUGAAAGAGGAAACUCCCCGUAAAGAUGACCAAGUACAGAAAUCAGACUCCAAACAAAAACCAGCUCCACCACCCAAACAAGAUCCCCCCCAUAAAGAUGACCAACCACAGAAAACAGACCCUAAGACAAAACCAGCUCUGCCAGUCAAAGAGGAACCUCCCAAUAAAGAUGACCAGCCCCAGAAAACAGACUCCAAAGCAAAACCUGUUCCACCAGUCAAAGUAAAUCCUCCACAUAAAGAUGACCAGGCACAGAAAACAGACCCCAAAAUGAAACCGGCUCCACCGGCAAAAGAGAAGACUCCCCAUAAAGAUGACCAAGUACAGAAAUCAGACACAAAAAUGACACCAGCUCCACCACACAAAGAGGAGCCUCCCCAUAAAGAUGACCAACCUCAGAAAACAGACUCCAAAGCAAAACCUGUUCCUCCAGGCAAAGUCGAUCCUCCACAUAAAGAAGACCAGGCACAGAAAACAGACCCCAAAAAGAAACCAACUCCACCUCCCAAAGAGGAACCUCCCCAUAAAGAUGACCAUCCACAGAAAACAGACCCUAAGUCAAAACCAGCUCCGCCAGUCAAAGUUGAUCCUCCACAUAAAGAUGAACAACCACAGAAAACAGACCCUAAAACAAAACCAGCUCAACCAGCCAAAGUGGACCUCCCCCAAAAAGAUGAUCAACCACAGAAAGCAGAUCCUAAAACAAAACCAGCUCCACCAGUCAAAGAGGAGUCUCCCCGUAAAGAUGACCAACCACAAAAAUCAGACUCCAAAACAAAACCAGCACAACCAAAAACAGAGAAACCACCACAUAAAGAUGACCAACCGCAGAAAACAGACCCUAAAACAAAACCAGCUCUGCCAGUCAAAGAGGUACCUCCCCAUAAAGAUGACCAAGUACAGAAAUCAGACACAAAAACGACACCAGCUCCACCACACAAAGAGGAGCCUCCCUAUAACGAUGACCAUCCACAGAAAACUGAUUCCAAAGAGAAACCUGUUACACCAGUCAAAGUCAAUCCUUCACAUAAAGAUGACCAGUCACAGAAAACAGACCCCAAAAUGAAACCGGCUCCAUCAGCCAAAGAGGAUCCCCCCAAUAAAGCUGACCAACCCCAGAAAACAGACUCCACAACAAAACCCGCUCCACCAUUCAAAGUCAAUCCUCCACAUAAAGAUGACCAGGCACAGAAAACAGACCCCAAAAUGAAACCAGCUCCAUCAGCCAAAGAGGAUCCCCCUCAUAAAGAUGACCAGCCACAGAAAACAGACCCUAAAACAAAACCAGCUCCGCCAGUCAAAGAGGGUCCUCCCCACAAAGAUGACCAAGUACAGAAAUCAGACACAAAAACGACACCAGCUCCACCACACAAAGAGGAGCCUCCCCAUAAUGAUGACCAACCACAGAAAUCUGAUUCCAAAGUGAAACCUGUUCAACCAGUCAAAGUCGAUCCUCCAUAUAAAGAUGACCAACCACAGAAAACAGACCCUAAAACAAAACCAGCUGUGCCAGUGAAAGAGGAAACUCCCCGUAAAGAUGACCAAGUACAGAAAUCAGACUCCAAACAAAAACCAGCUCCACCACCCAAACAAGAUCCCCCCCAUAAAGAUGACCAACCACAGAAAACAGACCCUAAGACAAAACCAGCUCUGCCAGUCAAAGAGGAACCUCCCCAUAAAGAUGACCAAGUACAGAAAUCAGACACAAAAACUACACCAGCUCCACAACACAAAGAGGAACCUCCCCAUAAAGAUGACCAACCCCAUAAAACAGACUCCACAACAAAACCCGCUCCACCAGUCAAAGUCGAUCCUCAACAUGAAGAUGACCAGGCACAGAAAACAGACACCAAAAUGAAGCCGUCUCCACCAGCCAAAGAGGAUCCCCCCCAUAAAGAUGACCAGCCACAGAAAACAGACCCUAAAACAAAACCAGCUCCGCCAGCCAAAGAGGAGCCUCCCCAUAAAGAUAACCAACCACAGAAAUCAGACUCAAACACAAAACCAGCACAACCAAAAAAAGAGGAACCUCCUCAUAAAGAUGACCAGGCACAGAAAACAGACACCAAAAUGAAACCAGCUCCACUACCCAAAGAGGAUCCCCCCCAUAAAGAUGACCAACCACAGAAAACAGACCCUAAAACAAAACCAGCUCCGCCAGUCAAAGAGGAACCUCCCCAUAAGGAUGACCAAGUACAGAAAUCACACUCCAAACCAAAACCAGCACAACCAAAACAAGAGGAAACUCCACAUAAAGAUGACCAACCACAGAAAACAGACCCUAAAACAAAACCAGCUCCGCCAGUCAAAGAGAAACCUCCCCAUAAAGAUGACCAACCCCAGAAAACAGACUCCAAAACAAAACCCGCUCCACCAGUCAAAGUCGAUCCUCCACAUGAAGAUGACCAGGCACAGAAAACAGACCCUAAAAUGAAACCAGCUCAUCCAACCAAAGAGGAUCCCCCCCAUAAAGAUGACCAGCCACAGAAAACAGACCCUAAAACAAAACCAGCUCCCCCAGUCAAAGAGGAACCUCCCCAUAAAGAUGACCAAGUACAGAAAUUAGACUCCAAACCAAAACCAACACAAACAAAAAAAGAGGAACCUCCCCAUAAAGAUGACCAGGCACAGAAAACAGACCCCAAAAUUAAACCAGCCCCACCACCCAAAGAGGAUCCCCCCCAUAAACAUGACCAACCACAGAAAACAGACCCUAAAACAAAACCAGCUCCGUCAGUCAAAGAGGAACCUCCCCAUAAAGAUGACCAAGUUCAGAAAUCAGACACAAAAACUACAUCAACUUCACCACAGAAAGAGGAUCCCCCCCAUAAAGAUGACCAACCACAGAAAACAGACCCUAAAACAAAACCGGCUCCGCCAGUCAAAGUCGAUCCUUCACAUAAAGAUGACCAGGCACAGAAAACAGACCCCAAAAUGAAACCGACUCCAUCAGCCAAAGAGGAUCCCCCCCAUAAAGAUGACCAACCCCAGAAAACAGACUCCACAACAAAAGCCGCUCCACCAGUCAAAGUCGAUCCUCCACAUAAAGAUGACCAGGCACAGAAAACAGACCCCAAAAUGAAACCAGCCAAAGAGGAUCCCCCUCAUAAAGAUGAGCAGCCACAGAAAACAGACCCUAAAACAAAACCAGCUCCGCCAGUCAAAGAGGGACCCCCCCAUAAAGAUGACCGACCACAGAAAACAGACCCUAAAACAAAACCAGCUCCGACAGUCAAAGAGGCUCCUCCCCAUAAAGAUGACCAAGUACAGAAAUCAGACUCCAAACCAAAACCAGCACAACCAAAAAAAGAGGAGCCUCCCCAUAAAGAUCAACAAGCACAGAAACCAGACUCCAAAGUGAAACCAGCUCCACCACCCAAAGAGGAUCCCCCCCAUAAAGAUGACCAACCACAGAAAACAGACCCUAAAACAAAACCAGCUCCGUCAGUCAAAGAGGAACCUCCCCAUAAAGAUGACCAAGUUCAGAAAUCAGACACAAGAAAGACACCAGCUUCACCACACAAAGAGGAGCCUCCUCAUAAAGAUGACCAACCUCAGAAAGUGAAACCUGUUCCAUCAAUCGAUCCUCCACAUAAAGGUGACCAACCACAGAAAACAGACCCUAAAACAGAACCAGCUCCGCCAGUCAAAGUCGAUCCUUCACAUAAAGAUGACCAGUCACAGAAAACAGUCCCUAAAACAAAACCAGCUCCGCCAGUCAAAGAGGAACCUCCCUAUAAAGAUGACCAAGUACAGAAAUCAGACACAAAAACUAUACCAGCUUCAUCACAGAAAGAGGAGCCUCCCAAUAAAAAGGACCAACCUCAGAAAGUGCAACCUGUUCCACCAGUCGAUCCUCCACAUAAAGAUGACCAACCACAGAAAACAGACCCUAAAACAAAAUCAGCUCCACCAGUCAAAGAGGAACCUCCCCAUAAAGAUGACCAACCCCAGAAAACAGACUCCACAACAAAACCCGCUCCACCAGUCAAAGUCGAUCCUCCACAUAAAGAUGACCAGGCACAGAAAACAGACCCCAACAUGAAUCUGGCUCCAUCAGCCAAAGAGGAUCCCCUCCAUAAAGAUGAACAGCCUCAGAAAGUCCCUAAAACAAAACCAGCUCCACCAGUCAAAGAGGAACCUCCCCAUAAAGAUGACCAACCUCAGAAAACAGACUCCAAAGUGAAACCUGUUCCACCAGUCAAAGUCGAUCCUCCACAUAAAGCUGACCAACCACAGAAAACAGACCCUAAAACAAAACCAGCUCCACCAGUCAAAGAGGAACCUUCCCAUAAAGAUGACCAAGUACAGAAAUCAGACACAAAAACGACACCAGCUCCACCACACAAAGAGGAGCCUCCCCAUAAAGAUGACAAACCUCAGAAAACAGACUCCAAAGUGAAACCUGUUCCACCAGUCGAUCCUCCACAUAAAGAUGACCAACCAGCUCAACCAGCCAAAGAGAGUCCCCCCCAUAAAGAUGAUCAACCACAGAAAGCAGACCCUAAAACAAAACCAGCUCCGCCAGCCAAAGAGGAGCCUCCACAUAAAGAUGACCAACCACAGAAAUCAGAUUCCAAAACAAAACCAGCACAACCAAAAAAAGAGGAGCCUCCCCAUAAAGAUCAACAAGCACAGAAACCAGACUCCAAAACAAAACCAGCUCCUGCAGUAAAAGAAGAUACACCCCAUAAAGAUGACCAAUCACAGCAAACAGACCCCAAAAUGAAACCAGCUUCACCAGCAAAAGCAGAGACUCCCCAUAAAGAUGAUGAAUCUCAGAAAGCAGACCCCAAAAUGCAUUCGUCUCCACCAGCCAAAGAGGAGCCUCCCCAUAGAGAUGAUAAAUCACAGAAAGCAGACCCCAAAAUGAAACCGGCUCCACCAGUCAAAGAGGAUCAUCCCCAUAAAGAUGACCAAGCACAGAAAAUUGACUCCAAAAUAAAACAAGAUCCCUCAAAUAAACAAGAUGAAUCCACAAAAGAGAAAAAAGAUCAAAACACAAAGCAAGAUACUCAGAAAAAGGAUAAAACCACUAAACAAGAUACCACUGAGAAAGAGGAUCACACACUAAAACAAGACAGACCUGAGAAACAGUCAACAGAAGAACUUUCAUCUCAUUCACAAUGCCCAUUUUCAGUAGUUGGUAAACAACAACUCGGUGCUUUUUCCUUAGCAGAACAUCCCCAUGAACCCUAUUCAAGUGAUCCAGAAAUGCACUAUACAUACUUUGAAACACAAUUUACCCAGUACCAUGGACAGGUUAUAACCCACAGAGAAGAUAACUCAAUGAAAACGGAGCAACACACUAAAAUUCAUAUUUCUCAUCACAAGAAAGGAAGUUCUCCAUCACACAGUACCUGGGAUUCCCAUUUCCAGUUGGCUGUAGAGGAUGAUCCUUAUGAAGAAGAAGAUGAUGAGCAUCAGGAGCAUGACAUACCAGGUUCUCCUAGCUAUUUCCCGGCAGCAACAAUGGAAUCCACAUUGUGGCUGCAACAGGUGGAGAGACCUGAUGACAAACAGGCUUCAGGAAGUUGCUUGUUGCCAAAAGAUGUCUUAAAGCAACAACAACCUCCAGCGAGGCCAUCAAGCCCAUUUUAUGAAUAUUCACUCCAAACCCCAUGUCGUGAAUUUUUCCAGACCUCUGAAUAUAGGUAUUUUGAGUCCUCCCAGGAAACAUCUGUACAGCAAACCACUGAUGACAAGACCUCAUCUGGAGCUCAAGGAGAGUCACCAACAGAAGACAAGCAAGAGAAGCCAAAGCUAUCAUACAAGUUCAAGUGGCCUUGGCUCUAAGAACCUCACCAACUGUACCUGUUAUUGGCCGGUGUCAUGAUUAGUUGAGGCAUGUGUGUGUCUAAGUAGGUUUAUGAACACAAUGCCCAUGAACACAAUGCCCAUUCCGACCAAUAACGCCAGUUGACCUCUUCUCAGGAGAUAACUAUUUUCUUUCCUCUACCUUCUCGUCUUCUCAUCUUUAAUCUCAAUCAGCACCAUUAUUUGUAGAGCAAAACUCUAGGCCUCACUGAUGCCUGACUACAGCUCUAAAUAUGGGUGCCCUAAGAACAAUGACAAUUAAAGGGGAAGUUCAUCUUGAGAUUAAUUUUUGGUAGGUGAUAUACAUUACAGGAUUAAUUUAUUCAUAUGAUUCUUCUUUAUUCAUCACUCCUUUGUGACAUUUACACUACUGGGUGUUAGAAAUCAGAUAAGGCCAUAGCACCCACGCACCAUUCUGAAGUCCAAUAAUAAGCCUUCGUGCCUUUCACAUGAGAAAGCGGCUCAUAGAGGGUUUCCUUCUCCUUUAAUACAUGAUCUAAACUGUGAAAUGUCUCUUUUUCAUUUAACUGCUCUCUUCUGUACAAAAGAUUUUACUUAAAUUACAUUUAUUGAAAUAAAUAUAUUUACCCUCAUUAAA